AAUAUUUUUGUGAUGGCUGCAGACAUAAUUCUUCAUUUGUAAACAAAAGGAUUUUUCAAGUGUUGCGUAGACGUUUAUGACUAAUUACCCACCUUUUCAAUAUGAAUAUGCAGCCAGAAGAUGCUAGAUACUUAAAAAGGAAGGUGAAAGGAGGGAGUAUUGAUGUGCACCCUACAGAGAAGGCCCUGGUGGUCAACUAUGAGCUGGAGGCCACAAUCCUGGGGGAGUUGGGGGACCCCAUGCUGGGAGAAAGAAAGGAAUGCCAGAAAAUCAUUCGUGUGAAGAGCCUCAAUCCCAACAGUGACCUCGGUGCACUGGCCAAGGAGAUCAUAGACAAGUGCAAGCUGAUCCAUCCCAGCAAGCUGCCGGAGGUAGAACAACUGCUGUAUUACCUGCAGAAUAGAAAGGAGACCGGGCCCAGUAAAGCUUCAGGCAAGACAGAGCUCCAUGAGACCCCAGAAGUGCCAACGUAUGACGCCACGGAGAUUAACGAGACUGCCAACAUCAAUGACCUUGAUGAGUACCUGGAACUACUAUACGAGGAUGUGGCAGAGAAGAUAAGGGGCUCUGCACUGCUGCUACAGCUGUCACGUAACCCUGACAACCUUGAGGAACUCUUCUCUAAUGAGACAGUGGUGAGUGCUCUGGCCCGUGUCUUACGUGAUGACUGGAAGAAGAGCUCUGAGCUCGCCACCAACAUCAUCUACAUCUUCUUCUGCUUCUCCAGCUUCACACAGUUCCAUGGUGUGAUCCUGCACUUCAAGAUCGGAGCACUGUGCAUGACAAUUGUAGAACACGAGCUCAAGAAAUACGACCUGUGGAAGGAGGAACUGGAGAAGAAAAAGAAAGCUGCAGAUGCAGAGAAAUCCAGCAAGAAAAUGAAAGAGGAGUAUGAGAAAAGUUUCAAGAAGUUUGAUGGUCUAGUGAAGAAACAGGAACAGCUUCUGAGAGUGGCCUAUUACCUUCUGUUGAACCUGGCAGAGGACCUGAAGGUUGAGAUGAAGAUGAAGAACAAAAACGCAAUCAAGAUGCUGGUCAAGUCACUGGAGAGGGACAACUUUGAGCUGCUCAUUCUGGUGGUCUCCUUUCUCAAGAAACUCUCCAUCUUUGUGGAGAACAAGACUGAAAUGGCAGAGUUGAACAUCAUUGAGAAGUUGACGAAGCUGGUACCAUGUGAACAUGAGGACCUCCUGAACAUCACAUUACGUCUCCUCCUCAACCUCUCCUUUGACCCCGACAUGCGCAGCAAGAUGAUCAAGUUUGGGUUGCUUCCAAAACUUGUGUCGCUGCUCAACAAUGAAAACCACAAACUCAUAGUGCUGUGUAUCCUCUACCACAUCUCCAUGGAUGACAAGUCCAAGUCCAUGUUCACCUACACAGACUGUAUCCCCAUGGUGAUGCGAAUGAUGCUGGAAUCCCCUGAGAAUCCAGACAUAGAGCUGCUGUCACUGUGUAUAAACCUGGCGGCGAACAAACGUACGGCCCAAAUCAUAUGUGAGGGCCAGGGUUUGAAGAUGUUGAUGAAGAGGUCGUUCAAGUUCCGAGAUUCCCUACUGAUGAAGAUGAUCAGAAACAUAUCAGAGCAUGAUGGCCCUACCAAGAACCUGUUCAUUGACUACAUCAGUGACCUGGCAGAGGCUGUUCUCAGUCCAGAGGAGGACGACUUUGCCCUGGAGUGCCUGGGGGUGCUGGGCAACCUCACCAUACCAGACCUGGACUAUGAGCUCAUCCUCAAGGAGUACCAGCUCGUACCAUGGAUCAAGAAGAGGCUGCAGCCAGGUGCUGCUGAGGAUGACCUGGUUCUGCAGGUGAUCAUUCUGGUGGGAACAGUCUGCAAUGACGACAUCAGUGCCAAGAUGUUGGCAGAGUCCAACAUCAUACACAGUCUCAUUGAGCUCCUCAAUGCCAAGCAAGAAGACGAUGAGAUGGUAUGCCAGAUAGUGUAUGUGUUCUAUCAGAUGAUAUUCCACGAGUCAACGCGUGAAGUCAUCAUUAAAGACACACAAGCCCCAGCCUAUCUGAUAGACCUGAUGCAUGACAAGAACUCUGAGAUACGCAAAGUCUGUGAUAACACCCUCGACAUCAUAUCUGAAUUUGAUGAGGAGUGGGCCAAGAAGAUCCAGUUGGAAAAGUUUCGCUGGCACAACUCUCAGUGGCUUGAGAUGGUGGAGUCCCGGCCCGGGGACGAGAUGGCAGACCCGUACAUGUACCCAGAGGAGGGGUACGAGGGAUACCUGCAGGACGCCGACAUACUGGACCAUCCAGACCUCUUCUAUCCUGAUGGGUAUGACCCAGCCCUGGUCAUGGACGGUCACCUGACACCAGAGUACAUAGACGAGAAUGGAGUGUAUGGUUAUGGCAAUGAAUACGAGCCGUAUGCCCGGCCGGACUCCAACAUGGGCUUUGUUAACGGUGGGGUGGGAGGUGGGUACGGGAGGGGAAUGGACGAGUAUGGCCCACCCCUGGACCAGUACGGGCGACCCAUACAGCUGGAUGAGUACGAUGACUACCCACAGAACUACCACUACGGGCCACCUGAGGUGGCAGACGACGGAGAGGAGGGUUAUGGAGGAUAUGGAUACCACCAGGGCAUGAGAUAACAUCACUAACUUUUAUCAAACUGAGCCUUGUUGUGGGAAAACUGGGCUUAAUGCAUGUGCCUAAAGUGCCGUUCUAGUGAAACGAUUUUUGUUAAGAAGAGACUUCCUUUAAACGAAAAACAUGUAGUCUGCACAGGCUAAUGUGGGACAACACUUUACACACAUGUAUUUACACAGUGUUCCCAUCUAGCGAACUACACAGCUGAAUGAGAUUUAAUGAUUACCCACAGAACUAUCACUUCGGGCCGUCCGAGAUGUCAGAGCAUUUGACUAUGGAGGAUAAGGAUACCACCAGGGCAUUUGAUAACAUCAUUAAAUUGUUUUAUACUGAAUAAGUAUUUUAAGCUCACCUGAAUAUGCUUAUAAUGAGCUUUUUGCAAU